ACUCUUUUCUCUCUCUGCAGGUUAAUAAUGAGAAUGUAGUGAAAGUUGGCCACAGGCAGGUGGUGAACAUGAUUCGACAAGGGGGCAAUCACCUAGUUCUUAAGGUUGUCACAGUAACCAGGAAUCUUGAUCCAGAUGACACAGCUAGAAAGAAAGCCCCACCACCUCCUAAGCGAGCUCCAACCACUGCACUGACCCUGCGCUCUAAGUCCAUGACCUCAGAGCUUGAAGAGCUUGUGGAUAAAGCUUCAGUACGGAAGAAGAAGGAUAAGGUGGAUGAAAUAGUACCAGUUUCCAAGCCAUCAAGAAUUGCAGACAAUGCAACUGUGGACUCAAGAGUGGCAACUAUAAAACAGCGGCCUUCUAGUAGAUGUUUUCCCUCAGCUACAGAUAUGAAUUCCAUGUAUGAGAGACAGGGUAUUGCUGUGAUGACGCCCACUGUACCAGGGAGUCCUCAAGGUCCUUUUCUGGGUAUACCUCGGGAUGAAAGCAUUGUAACGCUGAGUAGUAUAACAGAGGAAGAACGGCAGUUUCUGGCUCCUCCUAUGCUGAAGUUUACCAGAAGUCUUUCAAUGCCUGACACCUCUGAAGAUAUCCCACCACCACCACAGUCCUUACCUCCUUCACCACCACCACCUUCUCCCUCUCUGUACAACUCUCCCAAAUCCCUGACAACAAGGAGCUAUGGAACUAUUAAACCUCCCUUUAAUCAGAAUUCAGGUGCAAAAAUUACCUUGGUUAGGCCUGAGAGUGUGGGAACGAUGAUAAGGGACAAAGGGAUCUAUUACAGACGAGAACUGGACCGAUACUCUCUGGACUCAGAAGACCUGUACAGUCGGAGUGCUGCAGCUCAGGCAAAUUUCAGGAGCAAGAGGGGUCAGAUGCCAGAAAACCCAUAUUCCGAGGUGGGGAAGAUUGCAAGCAAAGCAGUUUACGUGCCGGCCAAACCAGCGAGGCGGAAGGGAAUGCUGGUGAAACAAUCCAAUGUUGAGGACAGUCCAGAAAAGACCUGCUCUAUUCCGAUCCCAACAAUAAUUGUGAAAGAGCCAUCCACCAGCAGCAGUGGGAAAAGCAGCCAAGGGAGCAGCAUGGAGAUUGAUCCUCAGUCUUCAGAGCAACCUGGGCAACUCCGGCCCGACGACAGCUUGGGUGUCAGCAGUCCGUUUGCAGCAGCCAUUGCAGGGGCAGUGAGGGACAGGGAAAAGAGGCUGGAAGCGAGGAGGAAUUCUCCAGCCUUCCUUUCCACAGACCUGGGAGAUGAGGAUGUUGGACUAACCCCACCAACACCACGUAUGAGGCAAUCUAAAUUCACCGAAGAAGCGAUGUUUAGUAGUGAAGAUGGUUUCAGACAGCUUAUGUCACCAUCUCCAAUUCCAGCACCUAGAGAGCCUGAAAGUCUUUUUAAUAGCAAUGAGCCUCAGAGUGACUCAAGGACAUUAAAUGCUUCGUCCAAAACGAAAGGUACUGAAAACAGUGCAGUGGCAGCUAAGUCCACGAAUGUGUCCAGCCCAGAUAGUUAUGUUCAUCCGGUCACAGGAAAGCUGUUAGAUCCAAACUCACCGCUAGCCCUCGCGCUCUCUGCCAGGGACAGAGCUAUGAAAGAACAAACACAGCAGAUUCCAGGCAAAGGAGACACUGUUAAAACUGACCUUAAUAAACCACUUUACAUCGAUACAAAGCUGAGACCCAAUAUGGAAACGACUUUUCCUGUUACUGCUACUGUCACUAGGCAAAAUACUCGAGGCCUGUUGAGACGGCAGGAGACUGAGAACAAGUAUGAGACAGAUUCAGGGAAAGAAAAGAAAGCUGAGGAGAAGAAAAACAUGUUGAUAAACAUCGUGGAUACCUCGCAGCAGAAGUCAGCUGGCUUGUUGAUGGUUCAUACUGUGGACACAGCGAAGUCAGAUGAUACGCCCGAUGAUGAAGAGGAAAAGGAAGCUGAAAUGGAACCGAGCCCUGAAAACUCCCCACCAGAGAGGCCAGAGGGGAGUGAGGAGGCAGAAGGUGAGCUGAACGUACCUGCUGCAACCGAGCCACCGGCAUCUCCCGCCAAAACCAUCGUCUCGGCGAGCUCCGUGGACGACCCUGUCAUCUUGCCGUUCCGCAUCCCUCCACCACCCCUAGCCUCAGUCGACAUCGAUGAAGAGUUUAUGUUCACUGAGCCACUUCCCCCUCCCUUAGAGUUCGCCAACAGCUUUGACAUCCCCGACGAUCGCGCAGCUCCCGGCUCGGCUCUGACAGACUUGAUUACGCAAAGGAAAAAUGGCACACCUGCACCCGCACCAUUCGCCCCCAGCCAGCCAACAAAUUCCUUAGACAGUAAAAAGCAAGUGGGUCUUUCAAACUGUUUGCCUGCCUCCUUUCUGCCACCCCCUGACAGCUUUGAUAACGUCACUGACUCUGGGAUUGAGGAGGUAGACAGUCGAAGUAGUAGUGACCAUCACUUAGAGACAACCAGCACUAUCUCAACAGUGUCCAGCAUCUCUACCUUAUCCUCGGAAGGGGGGGAGAACGUGGAUACUUGUACAGUCUAUGCAGAUGGGCAAACAUUUCUGGUGGACAAACCCCCAGUACCUCCUAAGCCAAAAAUGAAGCCCAUAAUCAACAAAAGCAAUGCACUUUACAAGGACGCGCUGAUCGAAGAAACUGUAGACAGCUUUGUUAUCCCUCCUCCCGCUCCGCCCCCUCCCCCGAUCAGUGUGCAGCCCAACAUGGCUAAGGUUGUUCCCCAAAGGACAUCUAAGCUAUGGGGUGAUGUGCCGGAGGUGAAAAGCCCAAUUCUCUCAGGCCCAAAGGCUAAUGUGAUUAGUGAAUUGAACUCAAUACUCCAGCAAAUGAACAGAGAGAAAUCCUCAAAGCCAGGGGAAGGAUUGGAGUCACCGACUGGAACGAAAACUGCAAGUCUCAGUACAAGGAGCACGGAAGUCAUGAGUACUGUCUCAGGUACACGAAGUACAACAAUCACUUUCACUGUCCGACCUGGAACCAGCCAGCCGAUCACACUGCAGAGCAGGUCCCCAGACUAUGACAGUAGGACCUCAGGAGCAAGACAUGCUCCAAGCCCUGUGGUUUCACCAACAGAGAUUAAUAAAGACAUCAUGCCUGCUCCUCUGACUGCUUCUGCUUCAGCUUCAUCUCCUUCUCCAACUCUGUCCGAUGUAUUUAGCCUCCCCAGCCAACCCCCUUCUGGGGACUUAUUUGGCUUGACCACAGGGCGCAGCAGGUCUCCUUCUCCCUCAAUAUUACAACAGCCAAUCUCAAAUAAGCCUUUUACAACUAAGCCUGUCCACCUGUGGACUAAACCAGAUGUGGCAGAUUGGUUGGAAAGUCUAAACUUAGGUGAACAUAAAGAAACAUUUAUGGACAAUGAAAUAGAUGGCACACAUUUACCAAAUCUACAGAAGGAAGAUCUGAUAGACCUUGGAGUGACUAGAGUUGGGCACAGAAUGAACAUAGAAAGAGCUUUGAAGCAGCUGCUGGACAGAUAAGAAUAGCUAUUUUGCCUCACAAACUUCUGUUGAUAACUAGAGAUGGGCUGGUACUGACAUACCCCAAAUGCCUUGUCGGUCUGCGAGUGCCAGCAAAAUUGGGGGGUGGGGAGGGGGAAAACAGUUGAAUUCCUGGUACUCAGGUGAUGCAGACUGUAUGCCACAUGCCCAAACAAAAAAAUCUGAAGAUGUU